AUGGAUAGAGGCUAUUCCGUUGUUUUACCUGUUAAAAUUUGUUUACAAUCAGCUAGGAUUCAAAGACAAAAUGAUAUAGCUGUAGACGAAUAUUGGAAUUUAAUGUUGGACGAGUUGGUUGAUUUAGACGAAGAGAGGUUAACAAAUUUAGAUAGACUGAUAAAGCAAAAAGAGAAAGUGGCGAACGCUUAUAAUAAGAAAGUAAAGACAAAAAGGUUUGCUUUAAGUGACUACGUUUGGAAAGUCAUUUUACCUAUGGAUCAAAAAGAUAAGUCUUUAGGAAAAUGGUCACCUAAUUGGGAAGGGCCAUUUAAAAUAGUGCAAAUUUUCACAAAUAACGCAUAUGAAAUUGAGGAAUUGGGUGAGGACCGUCGAAUCCUGAGGAUAAAUGGUAAGUAUUUGAAAAAAUAUAAACCAAUACUUUAG